CCCUUGUAUUUGGUUCGGGCAUGUUGGUGGAUGAUAAAAAGGUAUAUGUAAUCGAAGAGUUAGACGAUUGGGUUAGUAAAGCGAAGAGUUAUAAUAAAGAUCAAAAAUAUAAAGUAAAAGACCCACAUAAUACACGUGAUGGUAUUGGGAAUAUUCAUGGCAAGAAUAUAGAGGAUUGA